GAGCAGGGACGAUUCGAUGAUAAAACGAAUGAGCCUCGCGGGAUCCGAAAGACGCGUGGAGUAGUUGUCAGUCGGCGAUCGUUUGUCGCCUUGAGCGCAAGGAGCUUGCGCGACUCGAUAUUCCAGGACGAUCAGCCGCACACUGCAGCUAAGGAGCUUUCGCGAGCUUUGUGCAGCCGCCAGAAGCAGGAAACGUCAUGCUCACGGAGAUUCGCUCUGCGAGGGGGAGGAACGGCGUGUGGACCGUCGAGGAGUAUCAGAAUCCUGCGGAUUACGAGAAGGCCAUCGCUACGACAGGCUACGGACUCUUCAACAUACUUAUGCUCCUGGCAGCUCUGCCCGUCGGCUGGACCUGCGUCCUCGACACCACGAUCACGGCCUUCUUCAUCCAGUCCACCGAGUGCGACUUCGAACUGACCCUGUUUCGCAGAGGCGUCGCCGUUGGCAUUGUGUACAUAGGGAUGAUCAUCGCUGGGCCGCUCUGGGAUUUCAUCUUCCAAGACUGCGCGAUUAGCUCGUUCUCGGGAAAGCGUAACGUGAUUAUCUUUGGACUAGUGCUUGACUCGAUAUGCAACAUCCUUUGGGCUCACGCCACCUCUUACUACUCCUUCGUAAUGUACAAGUUUCUCAAUGGAAUACUGAUCGCUGGUCCAUUGUCACUGCUCAUGCCCUAUCUCUCGGAGUUCCACGCGCCCACUUAUCAGCAGACGUUCACCAACUGGGCCAGUCUACUCUUUGUUAUUUCGAACAUUUUUCCACCAGCGCUAGCAUCGGUAUUUAUACUGCGCACCCACUGGUUGAAUUUUACGAUUUUCAACUACUUCUACGAGACCUGGCGAGUCUACGUGCUGAUUUGCACGAUACCUUCGAUAAUGGGAGCGAUUAUGGUGUGUCUGAUGCCGAAGAGCCCGAAAUAUCUCUUGACUCAGGGCGAGAGCAAGGAAGCUCUUCGGGUAUUGAAGACCAUGUACAGCAUGAACUUCUUCGAGUCCGCAAGCUCGUUCAAGAUUAAGACACUCGUAGCUCGACAAAAAAUGAGGAACAGUUUAAAAAAUAUUUGCAGGGAGAGCUUGCAAGAUAGUAUCUCGAAGCUGAAAAUGCUGUUCUCGCAAGCCUACUCGAGGGUAUUUCUAAUUCUCCUGGCCCUGCAAUUCACCAGUAUGCUAGGCUUCAACACGAUGAGACUGUGGGUGCCUCAACUGUUCAUAACGUUGAACAAUUUCCGAGUUCUCGUCCGGUCGUUUAACCCCGACAAAACCAUAACGAUGUGCGAAAUGCUUUUUCCGCGGAUUCAGGCUGAUGUCGACUAUUCGUCCUGCAAUUACACCUUGAUGCCCGACGUUGAGUCUGCAGUGUACGUCAAUUCGACGAUAAUUGCGUCGUCAGCUGUCAUUUUCGGAUUCCUCUUUACGGUCAUGACAACCACGCUGAUGAAGAAAAUUAUCAUUAUUGUUAUGUCGUUCAUGAUCUCGACCAUCGGUAGUUUCGGAGCCAACUGGGCUGUGGAGAUACCUUACAUACUCGCCUUGUGUUCGUCCAUCAUCGUGACAUCGAGGAUAGCUGGAAACAUAAUCAUAGCUUACAAUGCCGAAGUCACGCCUCAGAAUCUUAGGCCAACUGCCACCAAGAGUAUUAAUUUCAUGGGCAACGUCGGUGCAGCGGUAGGAAAUAUCGUCUUUUCCACAGUUUUGGGACUCAAUUGUCUGACCGCCUUCAUGGGCAUCGGCUGCUUGACACUACUUUGCUACGUGCUAUCUUUCUAUCUGCUGAAGAAGCCAAUUGAGGAGAUUAAGCCUGACGUCGAGAAGUACACGGCAAACGGUGAAUUUUCAUGAUAGUCGCGACAGCUGUAGCGCCGCGACUAUAAACGAUCAUGAAGAACUCUCGUCAUGUGACCAGCUUCACAUAAUCCCGAGCGAUCAUGUAAAAAACGUGAUACAAUGAUAUUCAAAGCGUGAUCUGUUAUAUGCUUGUACAAGGCGAGUCACUUACACAAAUCGAUAUUAUUUUUAUAUACGAUCUUAAUAAACGCAUUGUAUAUUUCA